AUGUCAAAGCUUAUAGGUGACUCGGUCAUAAGGCCAGCCUCUUCAAUGGAGAAGGAAAAAGACGAUGGCGAUUACACACUAGUUGAUCUGUCUCCCGAUGAAACAUUGGUUGAGUUCCAAGAGGACUCACAAGCAAAUCCAACCAACUGGUCUUUUAAUAAAAAAUUGUAUACUGCAGUCGUGGCGCAGCUCAUUGUACUGAACAGCGGCAUAUCAUCUUCCCUACCUAGCAAUGCAGUCCCCGCCAUCAUGGAGGAUUUCCACGUGUCCGGAGAUGGACAAAAGGUCUUACCGACCGCCAUCUUCCUAAUAGGAUAUUGCGUCGGUCCGUUGGUAUGGAGCCCACUUUCUGAGACCAUCGGUCGUCAACCGGUUCUUUUCUGGACAUUCUCUGUUUUCGUUCUGGGCACGCUUGCUUGUGCCUUUGCACCCAACUGGCCCGCACUAUUAGUCUUCAGAAUGAUAUGUGGCACUAUGGCCGCAGCACCCCAAACAAUUGUUGGAGGAGUCUUUGCAGACCUCUUUGAUGACCUAAAAAGCCGAGGAAGGGCCAUGGCGCUUUAUAUGGCGGCUUCAAGUUUUGGGCCAAUCAUCGGUCCUAUAAUAUCUGGCUGUUCUGUUCAAUAUGGUUGGCGCUGGACAUUCCGCAUUGAUGUUAUACUCUCUGGAGUUGUCUGGGUUGGUCUAUGGGGUUUCAAAGAAACAUUCGCUCCGGCUUUAAUCAAAAAAGAAGCGGCAAGGUUGAGAAAAGAGUCCGGAUCAAACCGAUACUUUGCUCAACAGGAACUAAAGUCCGAUGAGGCGUUUACUUUAUGGCAGACUAUCACGCGUCCUCUCACGAUGCUGGUCUUUGAGCCCAUCAUUCUCUUUACAUCAAUUUACAUCUCUCUCGCCUGGAGCAUGGUGUUCUUCUACUUCCAGGCAUAUCCUAUUAUCUUUGAGGGAACUUACAACUUCACUGUUGAGUAUACAUCUCUCACAUACAUUCCAAUCGGCCUCGGCGCUGCAUCGUCCUGCGUCUUCGCCCUCUACUACGACAAAAUUUACAACAAAGCCAAGAAGGUUGGGAAACGGUGGGCAUCCGGUCCCGAAGCCCAACGGCUCCCAAUGUCCUGCAUAUCCGCCCCCUGCCUGACAAUCAGUCUCUUCUGGCUCGCCUGGUCCGCAAAAUCCAGCGUCCCCUGGAUUGUCCCGGUACUUUCAGGAAUCGUGUUCGGGCUGGGAUACCAAACGACUUUCAUUUCACUACUGACAUACGUCACCGACGCAUAUAAAAUAUACUCUGCUAGCGCAUUGGCUGCUUCCGUUAUUAUGCGGAGUGUCGCCGGUGCACUCUUCCCUCUUGCUGCUGAUCCACUUUAUGCGAAGCUUGGCGUUGCAUGGGCUACUUCAAUUCUUGGGUUUGCUAGUCUGGCUUGCAUCCCGAUUCCGUUUGCUCUGUAUUAUUAUGGGCCUUGGAUUCGGAAACGCAGCCCUUUCUGUCAGCGGCUCUUGGAGAUGGAGAUGCGAAAAUCCUCGAAGUUGUCGAGUGGAACACAGACUCCUCAAGAGCUUGAAGUCUAA